GGGCGCUGCACCUCCGUGCGCCUUGCCCUUCAGCCCCGUACACUGAGGAGACCGUUCGCCGCUUAGGCCCUGAAAGUGGUCGUGGUGGUUUUCCUUAUAGUUGGAGGUCCAAGGCCAGGCCUCAGGUAGAAACGGCAUCACCAUGAUGGACGGAAGGCCGGGCCGAGUGCCCCUACAGUUCCUGCCAGAUGAGGCUCGGCGCCUGCCUCCGCCCAAAUUGACCGACUCGCGGCUUCUCUACUUCGGCUUCCUGGGCUACUGCUCUGGCCUGCUAGACAACGCGCUCCGGCGGCGGCCGGUGAUGUCGGCGGGUUUGCAUCGUCAGCUUCUCUAUGUUACUUCCUUUGUUUUUGUUGGCUAUUAUCUUUUAAAACGGCAAGACUAUAUGUAUGCUGUGAGGGACCAUGACAUGUUUGCAUAUAUAAAGUCACAUCCAGAAGAUUUUCCUGAAAAAGAUAAGAAAACUUAUGGUGAAAUUCUUGAAGAAUUCCAUCCAGUGCGUUGAAGUCUUCAAAAUAUUUGCUCCCAUUUACUAAGAUGUUUCUAAAUUUUAUGGAACAUAUUUCCUCCACGACAGCCGAAGUUUAUGUUAAUCUGUAUAACACCUAUAAUUAAAGUAGUUAUCAUGAUCAAG